GAAAUGUGGCAACAUUGUUGAAACUGACGAAGACGUAAAUAAAUAAACGAAAAUUAGCUUAUUUUGCGUCUAAAAUACGAGAAAAAAAUCACUGUUUUAAAUAAAAGUAAAUAAAUUCCAGAAACAUAAAAUGGCGAGCACCUCCAGAGAUACUAACAAAGUAUGCUGUUAUGCACAUCCAGAUGCUCCCCUUAUAGAAGAUUAUAGGGCUGGCGACAUGAUUUGCUCAGAAUGUGGCCUCGUUGUAGGUGAUCGUGUAAUUGAUGUAGGUUCAGAAUGGCGUACAUUUAGCAAUGAAAAAAGUGGAGUAGACCCCAGUCGUGUUGGUGGUCCGGAGAACCCUUUGUUGGGUGGUGGUGAUUUAUCGACAAUAAUUGGGCCGGGAACUGGUUCCGCAUCAUUCGAUUCAUUUGGAUCCCCCAAGUAUCAAAAUAGACGCACAAUGAGCAGUUCAGACAGAUCUUUGAUAUCAGCAUUUAAGGAAAUAUCAAUGAUGGCUGAUCGUAUCAAUUUGCCCAAAACUAUCGUAGAUAGAGCAAACAAUUUAUUCAAACAGGUCCAUGAUGGUAAAAAUCUUAAAGGUCGUUCAAAUGACGCUAAAGCAUCAGCUUGUCUUUAUAUUGCCUGUCGUCAGGAAGGUGUUCCACGUACAUUUAAAGAAAUUUGUGCUGUUAGCAAAAUAAGUAAAAAAGAAAUUGGAAGAUGUUUUAAGUUAACGCUGAAAGCCUUGGAAACCAGUGUCGAUUUGAUUACUACAGCUGAUUUUAUGUCCAGAUUUUGUGCCAACCUUGAUCUCCCAAAUAUGGUUCAGCGUGCCGCUACACAUAUUGCAAAGAAGGCUGUUGAAAUGGAUAUUGUACCUGGAAGGUCUCCCAUUUCGGUUGCUGCAGCUGCUAUAUAUAUGGCAUCACAGGCUUCGGAGCACAAGCGUAGCCAAAAAGAAAUUGGAGAUAUUGCUGGAGUUGCUGAUGUGACAAUAAGACAAUCGUAUAAGCUUAUGUACCCAGAAGCGGCUAAAUUGUUUCCAGAAGACUUUAAAUUUACUACACCAAUUGAACAACUUCCACAGAUGUAAAAUAUAACAAAAUACGUUUUAAUGUUUUUUUUUUAUAAAACAUGAAAAAUUUUAUGUUUUUUUUUUAAGAAAAUAAUAAAUAUAAAUACAUAAUAAUACCAAUAAUAAA